UCCUAACUUUUAGAUUUCGCACACCAACUUGUCAAGCCCACUUCUCCAAUGUGCUGCAGUUACCAUAUAAGCUUUAUUAGUAGCUUUAUUUCUUCAUUCUUUUAUACAGCCUCAUACAAAGGUAACAAGUUAUAAGAUGACCUACGGAAGGCUAAAGCUAUCAGGAAAGAUAAAUAAAGCGUGUAGCUGAAGAAAAAUGCCCUGCUGUUCCAAUUACAAAUUAAAAUAAAUUGCACAGUUCUCUUCUAGGAAAUUUAAACUUUUAAUAAGAUUAUCUGUGAUGAAAAAAACAACAACUGACAAACAACAAAACCCUUUGGCUCUCAGUGCAACUUAAAUGAUUUCCUCCCCCACUCUAUAAGUCUACGGUUUCUGGAUUCUCAAGAUUUUACUCUGUUUAAUCACUGUUCACACUUUUCAUCAUAGAACCUGGACAUCAUUAUGUAUUUAGGACUAAGGGCCUCUGUCUGUUUUAUUCCAUAAUCUCUUUGCUUUCCCUUACUGAGCGUUUUUCAAACAAAACUCAUUAAACAAAGUACUCCUUUAUUCUCGGGUAGAUGGAACUAAGAGAGAGAACAAACAGCAGUAAUGCACUUGCUGUAGAGAACAGAAAAAAAAAAACAUUCCAAGAAAUUUUGUUAAUACAUGCCAAUGCAGUUUUAUAUGAGAAGGGAUAGUUCCAUUCAAGAGAAACUGCAUUUUCCAGGACAUCUACAGUGAAGAAAACAUCUCAGACCUCACAUCCAGCAAGGGCUACAGCUUGGCACUCAUUUUCUCGAGAGAAAGGACAGACAAAAGGUGACAGCAGAUAUUCAUCAUGGCAUCAGCAAGUCUGCAGUUCUUUGCUUUUAUUCUGGCUUUGUUUGGUGUCUUUGGAGAUAUCGCGGCCACCCUGCUACCAAACUGGAAGGUAAAUGCAGAUGUUGGCUCAAAUAUCAUAACAGCUAUAACACAGAUGCAAGGACUGUGGAUGGACUGCACCUGGUACAGCACUGGGAUGUUUAGCUGUACCCUGAAAUACUCCAUUCUCUCUCUCCCCGUCUACAUCCAGGCUGCACGGACCACCAUGGUACUGUCUUGUAUCCUAUCAGCAUUUGGGAUCUGCAUCACUACAGUUGGAAUGAAAUGCACAAAGUUGGGAGGGGACAGUGACAGCAAAAGUCACGCUUGUUUUGCUGGAGGAAUCUGCUUCAUUCUUGCAGGAAUCUCUGGAUUAGUACCAACAUCCUGGUACACAAGAGAAAUUAUUUCAAAUUUUCUGGACCAGACCAUUCCAGAGAGCAGUAAACAUGAACCAGGAGGAGCAGUUUAUACAGGAUUCAUUUCAGCAGGCUUUCUGCUUAUCGCAGGUGUGAUUUUCUGCACUUCGUGUUUUAACAAGCAGCAAGGAGGAUGGGUUUACCCUCCAAAGCAGCACCAUUUCCCAUCCACAGAGCAGGAGAGCAAUGCAGGUUACAACCUGAAGGACUAUGUGUAAAUAGUUAUUUCUAUCCAUUCAAGGGUUUUUUAAUGUGCUAAGUGUAGUUUGAUUAUUUCAAAGAAUGUAUAACUGAGCACUUUUCCUAUACCUGGGUUGCAGUUAUGUUUAUGCAAGGUAUUUAAUUCAUAGGGGCAUCCACAAAAAGGAAAGAAGUAGAAAAUGAUACUUGUCUGCUACAAAAGUACUUUAUUUUGCUGAUUUUUCAAACCAUGCUGACUUUCCACGUAGCAUUUACUGAAGAAAAAGGAACUAUUUUCAAACACAACUGACUGUACAAUUAAGGUACCGAUGUCUUGUUAUAGGAAAGAUGAUUAAAGACUAACUGCUUUCUAUUUAGCAAAUCAGGCUUUCAAUAAUGUAACAUUUUAUAGUGUAGUUUACAUUUUUAUCUCUACCUGAGUUAUGAUGCAAGGAAAAGAAGCUCAAACAUUAUUUGUCCGAGAAGCCCAAUUCAAUGGUUUUUAAAAAGCAGACACAUCUGCCUUUUAUUUUCAAUUGUAAAUUGCCUCGGUAACUAGAUUUCAUAACAAAAAACCAAACAAACAACACCACAAAAAAACCCAACGAACAAAAAACCCCACAACAAAAGCCUAUGGCUCCAAACCGUAGCUGCACUGUAUACUCUGCAUAUCACCAUGAAGAAUCAGCAGUACCAUUUAGAUCUUGCCAAAUACAGCUCACGCACCCCAGACUGCCACCUGCUGUGAGUUUCAUUGAUUAUUGUAAAGAAAUGUCUGCUGGACAUUCACCAACUGCUACUAAUCUAUCACUGCACAAUGAAUGUUAGAUAAUGAGGAGCAAUACAACAACAGAAAUGUAACCAUAACUCUGAAAACACCUGCCAAUUGUA